AAAUCGAUUCGAAAUGAAACGUAACCUAAGUUUUGCACAGGUAUCACCAGCGUGACCCGUCGACAGGAAUCACUCAGCUUCACUUCCUUCUACACUCUCUGAGUAUUACAAACUUUCAAAAAAAAAAAAACCCAAAGAUCUCGCUCACAUAAACUCUAGCAAGAACCCGGUAACAAUGGCUGAAGCAGAGAAAGGAUCGGCUACGACAGGGUCCAAAGAAAGCAAUGUCAAGGAGGAGAUAUCAUUGAAAGACAAAGGCAAUGAAUUCUUUAAAGCAGGGAACUAUCUCAAAGCUGCUGCUCUUUACACUCAGGCUAUUAAGCUUGACCCUUCAAAUCCCACUCUUUAUAGCAACCGUGCUGCAGCAUUUUUGCAAUUGGUCAAGCUUAAUAAAGCACUUGCUGAUGCCGAGACAACUAUCAAAUUGAACCCUCAAUGGGAAAAGGGAUAUUUCAGGAAAGGGUGUGUAUUGGAGGGCAUGGAACGGUAUGAUGAUGCAUUGGCUACUUUCCAAAUAGCUUUACAACACAAUCCACAGAGCACUGAAGUAUCAAGAAAGAUCAAGAGGAUAUCCCAGUUGGCCAGAGACAAAAAACGAGCUCAAGAGGUGCAGAGCAUGAGAUCCAAUGUUGACAUGGCAAAACACUUGGAAACAUUGAAAUCUGAAAUGUUUGAAAAGCUUGGAUCCGAAGAAUGUUUUAAAGAUAUGUUCUCAUUUCUUGUUGAGACCAUGGAGACAGCUGUGAAAUCAUGGCAUGAAGCUUCUAAAGUGGAUCCUAGAGUCUACUUUCUUCUUGACAAGGAAAAGACACAAACUGAUAAAUAUGCUCCAGUUGUUAAUAUUGAUAAGGCCUUUGAAUCGCCCCAUUCACACAGCAAUUGUUUCUCAUUUCUAAGGCAGUAUGCGGAUGAUUCUUUCUCCAAGGCAGCUUGCUUAGUGGUGCCAAAAAAUAUCAUAUCCUACCCACAGGUUUGGAAAGGUCAAGGAUCAAGAAAGUGGAAGUAUGGGCAGCAUGAUGGUUUCUUUGUUCAAUAUGAGUCACAUUUAAUGCGAAAAAUAUGGUUUAUUGCUAGCACCAAUGAAAAGGGGCAAACACUUUGCAGGGAUCCAGAGGUUCUAGAUAUUGGUGCUCAUGAAGUGCUUCCACGUCUAUUCAAAGAAAAGCUGACCAAUCCUUAAUUCCUUUACUUGUAUUUUGUUGACUAUCUACUGGAGGACAAUACAAUGCCCUCUUCAAUGGGAAGUUUAUAUAUGAACUGAGAACAGACAGCGACAAGCCUUUCUUGUUUGCCUUGAUGCUGCACUGAAGUUUCUGGUUAGACGUGAUAGCUGAUAAACAGAUGUGAGAAGUUGAUUUUUGUUAGCCAUAAUGUGCAUUUGUUUAGUUCUGAACUCUUAAUAGUAUCUUGUGAGCUUCUUUUGAGUUAUUGCAUUUCUAGAUGCUCUUUCUUCUAUGGUUUGCUUUCCUUGCAUUGCUUGUAAAUUGAGCGAGUUAUUCUCCAUCUUGGGUAUAAAAUGCUAAUGUUGAUGCCUUGAAAA